UAUGCUACUGUACUAGGUUGAAGCAGUAUACAGUACCGGUAGUUAUUUUUCCUUAAAGGUGGAUCUGAGUAAUCUCCUGGCAAAGUAAAUACGGUAUGCGGUACUGUACGCGCUUUGCUUGCUGGCAAACGCCUCAACUAGCAGACCAGUGUGAUGACCGACUCACUCGGCGCAGACCUUUGGCUGAGUGAGAAUUUGAGAAUAUGAAAGUGGAAUGGAUCCGAUCGGAAAAAUUGAUGCAAUCGAGCUCCAGAAUGCCGAUAUUAUAGCAACCUCUAGGUUACGUUCCUCGUCACACAUAUCUAAUGCGGACUUGAAAACGUCAUUAUAUUCUUAUCUGAGUGUUGCGACAUUUUCCAUUGUCGGCUGUAUAAUCAGAGUCGGUGUGGAUUAUGGACUUAGUUCGAAUACGUACAUGCAAAUUGAAAGUCCUAACUCCAUAAUAUUUCAAUCUUUUUUCGCUAACAUGAUUGGGAGUUUUAUAUUGGGAUUACUCACUGCUUCAACACUCAAGAACAUGUCUGGAAUGUUGCCAAUUUACACUGGAUUAUCAACAGGUCUAUGUGGAUCGAUCACAACAUUUUCAAAGUUUAAUCAACAAGUAUCUGAAAUGAUAGUGGGACAAGCGAUAACAAUUGGGAAUCCAUAUUUCACUGCAUUUGCUGCUAUCAUUCUAGGCAUCGCUGCACCAAUUUGUUCAUUCAUAUUUGGUCAUGACUUAUCACUUGAAAUUCGAAAAGUGGUUUGCGUAACAGAUGGCACAGAUUUUUCAAGGCAACGACGGAGUAUUAAAGUUUCAAAAUCCAUUAUUUACAUAUCUAUUCCCUUUUUUAUAAUAUCAUGGAUAACUUUAUUAGUAUUAGCUAUUGUUUACUCACACCACCAGAAUAUUAUAUAUACAUGUCUUUGUGGCGUAUUAGCACCUUUUGGUGCAACAUUAAGGUUUAUUUUGUCAAAACUGAAUGUGAAUACGAGACCUUGCCUGAAAUAUGGUUUUUUGAAACGAAUGCCUAUUGGGACAUUUUUGGCGAAUUUUAUAGGAGCCACUGUUAUGGCAUUUUUGAAUGUCAUUCUUGUUUGGACAAAUAUGUGGUGUCCAUGGAAAGCAUUUUUCAGGGCACUGCAAAGUGGUUUUUGUGCUUGUCUCACAACCGUUUCAACUUUUGUUUCUGAAAUAACUUCUCUUCGCUCUAAGGAAGGAAUAUUUGUUUCCCACUGCUAUGCAUUUUUAACAAUAGCACUUUGCCAGUUUGUAAGUGGUGUAAUAAAUGGUCUAAGUUUGGCUGUAUAUGUGUCUGAAACUAGAACAUAUAAUAGCACAUCUUGUUCUUGAUAAACGUUUUCUUUUUUCAAUUUUACUUACUAAUCGAAUUGAAAUGAUGUGGUGUUCUUCAAGUUGAUAUUCCUAACUAGCUGAUUAAUAUGUUUUGAAUUGUGGAAAACUAACGAUACACCAAUAACACUAUUGUUUUUGAGCAACUGUUGCUUAUUAUUAUACUAGUAUCAUCUGCCAAGGCUAAUUUUAUAAGUAUGUUAUUUUAUGAAUAUUUAAUCAUUAGAUUAAUUAAAAUCAUUAUUGCAGGUUAUGUGUUGAUAAUCUGUAUUAUAUUUCACUGAUUUAAGUAUGGUAAAUGAGGUCGCAUAUGCUGUAUUUUAUAUGGACGCAACCACCUCCAAGCAGUAAAAAACCUCAAAACACAAGCUGUGUAUUGUAAUUUAAUUCAUAGGUGCCUGUUAACCUCCUCACAUGUUGAUCUCUGUAUGCGAUAGUUUUCUUUCAUUUUUAAAAUUUAACCCAGCCUGACUAUCAGCUUUUAUAGAACUGUGUCUUUCUUGUUUUGAGUAGGUAUUGAAGUGUUCACUAUUGCCUUAUUUUUUCACUGUGAAUUUAUGUAUGCAAUCGACUACUUUGUGUUCAAGAUUAUCAGUAUCAGCUGGUCUAAGCAAGCGAUUGGUACAGAAAAUUCAAAAAUGAUUAUUCAUUGUAGGACAAAAAAAGUUUUUUACUCAUUUGUCAUGCAUGCCCAGGAUGUUAAAAUACAUGCUACUUUGGUAUACGAUCUCAGUGGUUUUGUGAUCUCGGUGAUUUUAGUUAGGCUUGGGAACUGAAUUCUAUAAAAAAUGUAUAAGUUAUAAGAUUAAAGCAUGUCACUUUGGUAGGUGAUUGCUAGCAAGUGAAAUCGCAUACCAAAAGUGGCACAUUUAAAAUGUUCAACUACCAAUUUGACAAUUUAAUAAAAGUCCCUAGCUGAUCAUUGUCAGGCCCUUGUGUGAAAAACUUAAUUCUCUGACAAGCGUUUAUAUUUUUUCUGUGACUUUCUACAGUAGAAGCAGAAAUUUUGAAUAAUUAUUUGAAAUCCAUAUUGAUUUCGUACUUUUUAGCAAUUUAGGGUUUGUUUGAAACUCCUUCAUUUUCGUUUAUGUUCUAUCUAUUGAUGUCCCCUUUUUUUUAAAGGCCUUAGCAACAGAUUGAAAGUAAAUAUAUUGAUUUAAUGCCAAACGUGUGUUUAAUAGAGUUUUUUACUUAAUCCUCUACCUUGA